GCCAGUAUGAGUAUCCAGUUAAUCCAGUGUCCCGUCUGCCGUUUUCUUCAAAAUCCCGUUGUAGCACGGCAUCUUUCUGCUGUGUACCUGUGCCCGUGACCUGUGCCCACUUUCGUCGCAUGUUGAACAAUCUCUAUAAGCGGCAAGGAAUAUGUCACCUCGCCGGACUACGAUAGCAGUUGGCAGGCGGACUAGUAUAGAUUUAAGGGUACGACGACGCCUUAGUAAUGCCCUUGAAGAAUUCAAGGAAUAUUUUGACGAGAGCUCGCUCGACAACAAAGCUUCGUCGAAGGAGGGUCCACCGCCACCCAAACCAGUUCGCAUUGGGAGGAGGACCGGUAAAAAUGUUAUGCCAGGAAAAGUCAUUCGCCGUCACUCCAACGGGCGAGAAAAUUUUCUGGACUAUUUCACAGACGACAGCAGUGGAGGAAGCCGUGGGCGCAAUGCUACUGAACAUCGCAGCCCAGUAUCCGAGGCAGAAAGUCUGGGAGAUGAACGCAGUAAGAGCUCUCGUGCGAGCAGACAUGAGCAAAGUGUGGCAUCGAUUUCACUUGCAGGUGAAAGGUCACAGACAGACCACACGGUGGAAGCAGAGAGAGCUUCUGCGCAUGGUCCGCCUUCACGGGCGUUCACUCCCAGCUUCCUGCAUGUCUCGCGGACAGCUCACACAGACGUCCAGAAAUAUAUUAGCCCUGUGACAUCAACCCGCAAGGAUGGCUCAGUGGGUCCAAGAGAAAGCGUCGGCAUACCACCACCAAGAAAUGAGAAAUCUCCUUCUUCUUCCGUGAGAAUAAGUGUGAUCCAGGAGGAUGAGAUAGCUGCUGAUCAGAUGGCUGACCAGAUGGCUGACCCAGGAGGGUCAGGUAAAGGCGGCACCGAAGACCAGCCUACCGGGGUGUCUCAAAAAUGGACUCCAUCAUCGCAAGACAAAAAACAGGGGGGCAAAGCGGGUCUUAGCAUGAGGAAGAGGUUCAGGCUCAUAUACGUGAAGGAGCUCCUUAGGAACAGCGGAUCUGCGUCAGCGUUGAACACGAACAGCAUUGCACUGGGAACCAGCCAGAGCAAGGAGAAACACUCGGUCGACAGCCCAGGUGAGCCUCCGGCAAACCCUACGAAAGCAACCAUCCUGUCGAGCACUCGUUUGGACGCCGUUACGCCGGCACGUGGUGUACCGAAGGACUUUUCGCACGGGGACUCGCUGCUCCGCGAAUGUUCUCCCGUACGCAAGAGAUCCCGUGACGCUGCUUCAGAGGAUGCACCACUAUCCUCCUCCAGCCAGCACGGGACCCCGAAUGGUACUCUGACUGUUCCGCAGCAAAAAUCUGCGUCGCCAUCGUCGGCUUACAACGACCCAAAGUUGAGGCCCCUCGCACCUUCAGUUGUGCUGGAUCGACUCCACCCCAGUGUGUCACCCCGCAGGAAUGAGGGGCAGAGACGUUCGCACGCUACGUCUGCGGGACCGAAAGGACCCCUGGUGAAUGACGUCGAAGGACCAGAAACGGCGGAGGGGCAAAACGGGGGCAGUGGCGACUCUCGCAGCUCCCGCGGUGUGCUCCAAUCACCACCUUCACCGCCUCCCACCUUCCCACCAUCGCCUUCAAGGUCAUCCCGAAUUCGUCCCAAUUUAAGGCGGAAGAAAAUGCACGACGGGUACCUCAACGGGGCUGCGGAAAAACGUGACCACGUAACGAGCUCUGCCGCGACGGUUGUGGUAACCGAUAAGGACUCCUCAUCUCCUCGUCGCGUUGUGCCUACGGUGCUCGGUGCUGCCCCUCAACGUGAACACGAUGACGUACUCGUACACUGCAGCGAUGAAGACCCUCUUCCGCCACAGCGGCAGGUGGGGAACGCGGAGAGGCCGCAGUCACCCCCAGUCACACCCAGAAAGCAACUUAAAAAGGGCAGGGGUACCAAGAACACGAGGAGAAAGAACGUGAAAAACACUGCAAGACAAAGACUACCGACCCCCGAGGGUCGCGCAAAUAGUCCGACUCCCGCCGAGGCUCCAGAGGUCGUCCGCACACGGGGUAGUCCGCACCAGCAGAGUGGAAGCAGUAGUCCUGGCAACCACAUUGCACCGAGGAGGUCACUUCGCAAAAGGCGUCCGCCCCCUCCUGCACGUGGUUACUACAGGCCUGUCUACACGUACACCAAAGAUGGGCCUGUUUUCGAGGAAUAUCGUACGUUUGGAAAAUGGGAAGAUCCACGCCUAUGGUUGUUUGCUGCCCAGCCAAAAAGCAACAAAGUCAAGACCAGAGGUGAAAGGCGCAGAAGAAAAGUAGCUGAUGCAUCACUUCCUGAGGCAGUAGGGAAUGGUGAGGAAGAAAUGCAUAAUAUAACACCUAACAAGAAAAUGCCUCGGAAGAAAAAGAACAGCGAGGAGUCUCAGUCGGAACCGGAUGACGGUGUGUGUGUAGCAGUUCAAGGGCCUGACCUUCUCAACUUCGAGCAGAUGUCUCACAUACGUGAUAUCUCAGUACGGAGAUCUCACGAGGUCAAGUUCCUCCCUGAGCCCGGGGACGAAAACAAUUCGUAUGGGAUUGCUACACAAUAUUUGCUUGCCUCCUGCCACACAGGACUAAUCCGCAUCCAGCCCGGCAAGAUGAAACAAGGAGCGGAUAUAUGCCGAAACACGAUUAUUUUUACUGCCAUGGACAAUCCUGUGCACCUGACAACGAUCCGCAACACGUGGGUCAUACUUUCGAAGGGGGACUCGUGCCUGGUGCCUAAAGGUUCUACGUACGCCAUCAGGAACUUAUCUCAGGAGAACCAAGCGGAACUUCACUUCGUGGUUGUAGCAUGACUUGCAGUACUCUGCAAAGGACAGCACAGCUUUGUAUAAUUUGUAUAUGGGUCUCUAUACGUGUCAUAUAUAUGUGGGGUGUGUCUUUGUAUUUUGAGGUCUUGUGUGCUUUUAAAUUGGUGACCUGGUCUUAUCUUGCAAGCUGUAAAGGCAUGGGGUAAAGUCGAGUGAUGUCGGAUGGAAUUAUCUGCGUAUUUCAGCUGAACACAAGGUUCUCAGCGGCAGUGCUGUAUGUGCACUGCUCAGCGUUCUAAAGUGUCCGUAUUAAUGGCUGAAUUUGUGUUUGUAUUUUCAUGUGUUUUGAUGUGAGUUCACUGUGGAAGCUUUUAAAGGGACGACAAGGGGGAGGGCAUUACCAGCUCUUGCCCUAAAACACGGGGCUCUAUGCAUUGUCAUGCUGUGUCAUACCAUUUAUUCUUUCAUUUGAAAAUUUUAAUGUACUACUGAUUUAACAUGUAUUUAUAUUAAAUUUGUGCUUUCAGAGUUUCAAGAGCUCUGAGAGUUUCACGUCA